UUUUUGCCUUUGCACGUCACUCCCCUCCAACCUAAGGACGAAUUAGACUUUACUGCCACUGAGGGGUACGAGAAGGAGAGAACAGAGGGAACAAGAGUCAGCGAGUCUCUGCUGGGCCCCAUUUAGGCUCAUGCAAUGCAACGCCAGCUCCCGAGACCCGACAACCAGUCUCCAAUCCACCAUAACUAAUACCAAACAAUCUGAAGGGCAGAAGACAAGGCAAGGCAGAGCAAGGCAAGGCAAUCAAGAAAGCACAAGCCAGAUCCAAUUCCAAGACUAAGCCCCAGCCCCAUUGGAUACCUACCUUAGAUCAGGUCUUGUCUGAUCAUCAAUCGCAAUCACCUUACCUAAGGUACUCACUCUGCCCAACUUUCUCUGCCCUCUCUUUCUGGUCUGACCUGUGCCUCUCAAUCUCAAACCAGACGGAAUUGGUCGUCCAUCUGCUCUGUCAACAGUCCUCUCUGAGUUCCCUCUCUUACCCUUGACCUCUCUACCUUUUCCCUUGGAAGACCAUAACCCCCACCUUGUCCUCUCUUGGUCUCGGAUACCCUUCUCCCGGGGUCACCGUCCUUUCCUCCACCGCCAUCUGCCAUCUGCUGUCUCGUUGCCUCGCUGGUUAUCGAUCUACGGACGGUAUCCCACGCGCGCGUGCACACACACACACACACGCAAACAUACACCCUGGUCUUUGGUCUUGGCUCUGCUUGGUCACCAAUUCACCUUCCACUGUCCCAGCCUGGUGGUGCCGCAAGACUUGGGAGUCUUACGCCUCAACCCAUUGACGAAGCCCUCCCCUGUUAUUCGCCAAGCACCACAUUCAAUUAUACCUUGCCUAGGAACGAGACAAGGCGUGUUCCGUCCCCAUCCUCUUCUGUCAGUUUGUCCUGCACUUCGCUUUCGGCCGCCUUUUGUUGUCUUACCAACAACACCUGUCAUUGCGUAGUCACAGAUUCAUCACCCUUGCACAUAGUCUACGGUACUUUUCCUUUCCACCUUUUUGGUUUGGUUGAUAAUCUGUGUUAUCUCCUGUUCUUGGUUAUUCCCUUCGUCUUCUUUACUACACACUCCGCACAUCCUUGUCCUCUCCUCUCCUCCCCGCGGCUGUCAACUCCUCAACCUUCUUCUUUGGUCUUCUCGGCCUUGCAGUUGCGCCGGUCCCAAGUAUCUGGUCGCUGUCGCGUCACUCUCUGACACCUGUCGUCUGACCAAUACCUGGCUUCCCGUUCGAUCGGACUCGAUCCAACCUUCGAUUGGUCCUGUUUACUACUAGGUCAGCUGCCGACGCAUCUACAGUCCCUUUGUACCCUGGCGACUUGUUCGACUCGUCUGCCCACCAGCAAAACUGGCAACUUGACGAUACAUAUCGCCGGACUGCAGAUUGGGCUCUGAACUAGGUACUUCUUUCAUUCUGACUUACACCUCACAUCGAGCCAAGAAAGUAUUCCAUCUGUUUGGCUCGCUUCGGCGCCUGCGAACUCUUAGUUGCGGAACUCGGCCCCGGCCUCUCUCCGGAUUUGCCUCCUUACUCGGCCGGUUCGAAGCCACUUAUCAAUCCGCUGCACCCGAUUACGAGUCGAGUGAAGGACUUUCUUUUGUCAACCAAGUUUCAUUCUUACUUAUCCUCGACCUAUACGACAAUCAAAUCAACCUACCGACCCUCGAUAUCAACGCCAAUGAAUGCUAUAGACUUCGGUUUGUAACUGAUCCGUCGCAUUCCAACUCAGACUAUUGAAGUACACCCAUUCGCUUCAUCUGAACCAUUGCCGUCUUGUUUCCCUCGAUACUGUCAGCCCUACCUAUGGGCAUGAGCCAAGAAACCCAGGAAACGGCGCUGUAUAGCCAUCAGCGUGAGACGGCCUCAGCGCGAACUGCGCUGCCAUCACGACCAAUGUCCUCGAAACCAAGUGAUAGCCCGGCUGUUCCUUCUCAGGAGCGGACCAGACUCCCUACCGGCCAGGACAAUCGUGACCGCCAAAAUAGACUAAGUGGGAGUCCGUCUGGCCCUAAGACAAGCCCAGCUCCAGGAAAUAUGUCAAAGCAACAGAGUCCUGGGGCAGAGCAUGGUUCAAAAGCAAGUCCGCCACCUAGUGGUAGCCAAGGACAAGUUUGCAGUAACUGUGGAACCACCCGAACCCCUUUAUGGAGGAGAUCACCUCAAGGUGCUACGAUUUGCAACGCCUGUGGUCUCUAUCUGAAAGCCAGAAACGCCUCUCGCCCGACUAGUCUCAAGCGACCACCAAACGUUGUCCCUGCAGACCCUCCGCGAACUACCGCACCGAAGCCCUCUGCAGUCGCAGGUCCAAAACCUGCGUCGAAUGCGACCUACAUAUCGGCUGAUCAGACUGGAGGGACUUGUCCUGGAGGUGGACGUUGUAACGGAACGGGUGGUGCAGAGGGCUGCAAUGGAUGCCCUGCCUAUAACAAUCGUGUUUCGAAAAGUGCCAACCUAGGUGGAACGCAGAAACGACAGAGCUGCCAAAGUCGAAGUGAAAGUACCAAACCGGAACCGGUGCCUCUGGAUGUCAAUGCCUUGCAAAAUCAACAGAAUUCGAAUGCCACGGUUGUGAUUGCAUGCCAGAACUGUGGCACCACUAUUACGCCUCUCUGGAGGCGUGAUGAGAGUGGCCACACCAUCUGCAAUGCUUGUGGCCUAUAUUACAAGUUACAUGGUGUCCACCGACCGAUGACCAUGAAGAAAUCGACCAUCAAAAGACGAAAACGAAUUAUCCCAGCGUCGCAGGAUGAGGAGAUGGAAGAUGCAAUGGAGCCAGCUGAAAUGCAAGAUCAAUAUGUACAAAAUGCUGAGAAGGGGUCAAUGAAUGAGGAUGGAUCCGUCAAUCUGGGUCUUCGUCGCCGCCCAGACCAUCCGCUCACGAUCGAGCCUCAACCGGUCAUCCGACCUACAAGUAGAACAAUAUCGCCACUGCCUUCGACCUCGGAUCUAGCUGCGUAUCACCAGUCAAAUAACCCACGUCAGUAUACCGGAUCCCUGAACGACGAUAAUCGACUGGCCCCCAUGGCGUCUAUGUCAUCAAACAACGAUAGGAAAACGUCACUAUCCCCUGCCUCGUUUCUGUCGCCAACUCGAAAACGAUCCUUCUCUACCACGGAGAGUGAAGCAUUUGCCUCACAAGAAACAGGACAGGAGAGCUCGAAACGAAUCUCCUCGAUCAAUAUUAAAUCGAUACUAAAUCCAUCGACAUCAGCUACCACUCCCCCCAAUUUAGGAACAGGAAGUGACGACGGCGACUAUUGCUUACCUCCCAUACGAUCACCUGGUAGCACUAUAGCAUCAGCACCGAGCCCUAGCGCCUUUUCUAACCGGGAUAACACGCCAGGUGCUGGCCCGCGUGAUUUCGAUACUGAGAGGAUAAAGGCUGAGCGUCGAGCAGCCUUACAACGCGAAGCGGACAAGAUGCGAGAAAUGCUUGCCGCAAAAGAGAGAGAAUUACAAGAACUUGGACAUGAUUAAUGAGUAGGAUCCACGAUAGGACAUCAACGAUUUAUGAAGUGCCUCUUGGUCAGCAAGGUGUCACUGGACGCGAAAUUUUAGUGAAUGGAAGGCGAGUUAGGAACCGGCGCAUUUUGGAUUUCACAGCACACAAGGCCUUCUCGGAUGGGUUUCAGCUCAUGAAACUGGAGUUAUUGCUGUCAAGGAGCAUGGUGUUUGACAUACGUGUCUGGUCUGCUUUCUUUCUUCUCUUCUAAAAGCUAUUGAAAGGAUUAUACAGAACUACUAGCCUCGGCCAGCGAUACCACUCUAUCUCUCGAAAAGCACAUUGUUUACGCUACGGAAAAUGCACAUAUAGACAGGGUCAGGCUGUAUGCAUCGCAAGAUAGUUUACACGAGCCAGAAAAAGAGAAUGCGGUGUCGCGUUGAGCGACUGAGUUGACAACUUGAUCAAGUAUCAGCUUUGAGCCUACUUUCCGCUUCCUCUUUGAUUUAUUCAUUGUGAUAACGGCCUUUGUUGGAAAACAAGAUUUUUUUGAUAGAAUUGGCGUAGUGUCCCGAGACAAAAAGUCCAUUCUAUAGAUGGUUUGCGAAGGUGCUCGCACAGCAAAGCUACCGUUGUGUGGACAUCAUAGCGUGGCACAAGACCCCCUGCUCACUACCUACGUAGGUGCUCAAUGCGUACAUAGCCCAAGUUUGACAGGCCAUUGGGUAUAAGAGUAAGUUGCCAUGCAGGAAUGAAGUGAUCAGAAAACCCUAGAUGUCGCG